AAGUUCAUCCAUUCCAUCACUAUUCCCGUUUGUUUAUGUUCCUUAUUCGUCCAUCAACGUCAUCGCCACUGAACUCCUCCGCCCAUUUUGUUCCUCGUCGUCCUCUUCCUCGUCCCGUUCGUGGUAAAAUGCUCCUGCUUCGAUCUCAUCGCCUCCUCUCCUCCACCUCCGCCUUCCUCUCCUCUUAUAAGGCUGCCAUCAAGACCUCUCGCCUCGCUCCCCUCGGCCUCCGCGCUAUGGCUGCCUACAGCGCCGCCGCCGCCGCCGCGUCGCCGUCCAGGCUUCUUCUCCGGCAACUAUUCGAGAAGGAGUCGUCCACAUAUACUUACCUCCUCGCCGAUCUCGCACACCCGGACAAGCCUGCUGUGCUGGUUGAUCCGGUAGACAAAACAGUGGAUAGAGAUACAAAUCUUGUUAAAGAACUGGGUUUGAAACUUAUCUAUGCUAUGAAUACUCAUGUGCAUGCUGAUCAUGUGACAGGUACAGGUUUGAUAAAGAAAAAGAUGCCUGGAGUAAAGUCUGUGAUAUCUAAAGCAAGCACUGCACAAGCAGAUCAUUUAGUUGAUCAUGCUGAUAAAAUAUAUUUUGGUGACCUUUUUCUGGAGGUGCGUGCAACUCCUGGUCAUACGGUGGGUUGUGUUACAUAUGUAACAGGAGAUGGACCUGAUCAACCUCAUCCAAGGAUAGCUUUCACUGGUGACACGCUGUUGAUUCAUGGAUGUGGAAGGACAGAUUUUCAGGGUGGAAGUUCUCACCAGCUCUACCAAUCAGUGCAUUCACAGAUAUUCACAUUGCCAAAGGACACCCUCAUCUAUCCUGCUCACGACUACAAAGGCUUCACCGUUAGUACAGUUGGGGAGGAGCUGCUCUACAACCCUCGACUAACAAAGGAUGAGGAAACCUUCAAAAGCAUCAUGGAAGGUGAGGGGUUUAUGAUCUACUUGUGGAGUUAUAACAAAGGAUGAGCUAACAUGGCUUGUGGACUUCAGGAUGCAACUACGAAAUCCUAGACAUCAUCUAAAAACCUGAUGAGAUUCAAAGAGAGAUGGAGAAUGCAAACAUGUGAUGUCUCUUUGCAUAAUUAUUCUCAAUAAAACUUUGUAGAUUACUAUGAAUAAAUGCAAUGCAUAAAUUGAAUCGGUUUAGUUUUGUUCUA